CAGCACACUCUGUGCUUUGACAUUCUUUCCCUCUCUCUCAGGUCUCAGCUGAGCUCUCUUCUCUUUCACUCAUUCUCUUGUGACAUUAUGCUUAGUUCUUCUUGCUCUGAUGCCCUGAAAGUUGGAGGUGAGGGGAUGAUGAGGAGGAAUUCGACUCUAGUUUGUGUUCCGAUAAUGGCCGAGUCAGUGGGUGAGAUGGUGACUGAUAUGGGCAAGGCAAAGGGCCUUGGUGCUGACGUUGUGGAGAUAAGAUUAGAUUAUUUGAAAACAUUCAAUCACAAUGAAGAUCUCAAGCGUCUAGUUAAAGAGUGCCCUUUGCCCACACUUUUCAGUUAUAGGCCCAAAUGGGAAGGUGGUCAGUACGAUGGGGAUGAACAAAAUCGACUCGAUGCACUUCGAUUAGCAAUGGAUCUCGGAGCUGAUUACGUUGACGUUGAGCUUCAGGUUGCUCGUGAAUUUAUUAGCUCUAUAGAAGGAAAGAAGCCUGAAAGGUUAAAAGUGAUUGUUUCUUCUUACAACUUUGAAGAGACCCCAUCUGUGGAGUCUAUUGGCAAUCUUGUAGCAGCAAUGCAAGCCACUGGAGCUGACAUAGUGAAGAUUGCAACCACUUGCUUGGAUAUAACUGAUGUGGCACGCACUUUUCAAAUCGCCGUUCAUUCUCAAGUACCGUCAGGAUGUGAAGAAUUGGCCCAUGUCGGAAAGGUUCCAUUGAUAGGACUUGGACUGGGUGAAAGGGGUUUGAUUUCACGGAUACUUUCUGCAAAAUUUGGCGGUUAUCUUACUUAUGGAAUGCUUGAGCCAGGGACAGUUUCAGCUCCUAGUCAACCUACAAUCAAGGAUCUAAUACAUCUAUACAAUUUCAGACAGAUUGGGCCGUACACAAAAGUGUUUGGCGUAAUUAGCAAGCCUGUCAGCCACAGCAAAUCACCAAAAUUGUACAAUGAAGUGUUCAAGUCAGUAGGUUUCGAUGGAGUUUAUGCACAUUUGUUGGUAGAUGACAUUCAGAAAUUUUUCCAGACAUACUCAUCCAUGGAUUUUGCUGGAUUCAGCGUAGGCAUCCCUCACAAGGAAGCUGCACUUAUGUGCUGUGAUGAGGUUGAUCCAGUUGCCAAGUCAAUAGGGGCUAUAAAUUGCAUUAUAAGGAGACCGGCUGACGGGAAGUUAUUCGGAUUCAAUACCGACUACGUUGGUGCUAUUUCUGCCAUUGAGGAAGGACUGAAAGGUUCCCAUAAUAAUAGUGGCAAGAACACAACAAGUGGUUCAGCUUUAGCUGGUAGGCUGUUUGUUGUGAUUGGGGCAGGUGGUGCUAGCAAGGCACUUGCUUAUGGUGCAAAGCAGAGGGGAGCAAGGCUUGUAAUCGCCAAUCGCACCUAUGAUCGAGCUAGAGAACUUGCAGACAUAGUGGGUGGAGAUGCUUUGUCUCUUGAUGAUCUACCUAACAUCCGCCCAGAGGAUGGUAUGAUUCUUGCAAACACAACAUCAAUUGGAAUGCAGCCUAAAGUUGAUGACACGCCCAUUUCCAAGCAUGCUCUGAGAUCAUAUUCAUUGGUUUUUGAUGCCAUUUACACCCCCAGAGUGACCAGACUCUUGAGGGAAGCAGCAGAGUGUGGUGUCACAGUUGUUAGUGGGUUGGAGAUGUUCAUUGGACAGGCAUAUGAACAAUUUGAAAAGUUCACUGGAUUGCCAGCUCCAAAGGAACUGUUUAGAAAAGUUAUGGAAAAUCAUUCUUGAGUAUGCGUACUUAGGGUUGAUGCCUUGUGUUUCAAGUCAUGCAGCAGAGAAGAAAAGUAAUUUCAUCUCCUCACCUCCAUGAUAUGAGUGCUGGUAAUAAGGUUUCAUGCAACAAGGCACCGUUGCUUUCUUAUACCAAUCAUCUCUAUCAAAGAUAUCAGAAACGGCACCGUAUUAGGUCUUUCAUGGAGCUUAUUAUAGUCUAAAAUAGUAAGUAAAUUCUGUGUACCAAUUACCAUACACCCGUGCUUCUUCUGUUGAUUAGCAGUGGGUGGAUUUGUACGAGAAUAUGCAGUGAAAUUAAAGAAGAAAGUAGGGAUAGCCCUACCGUUUCUAUUUCCUAGA